AUGGCUAAUCCUCUACUACAUCAACAUGAAGACACAGCUCAAGGGUCGCCAUGUUUAAAGAAGAGAAAGCUGGAAGAAGAAGAAGAAGUGGAGGGAGGUGCUGAAGUUUCUAAAUUGAAGCAAUUUCAAUCCAAACCAAUUGAAGAAAAUAUAGAUUAUAUUUCAUUGAAAAGUUCAUUAUCUUUAUUACAAUCAAAUUUGAAGAAUCUUGAAAGAAAUAUACAUGAAUUAUCAAGUUUCAAAAAAACUAUAAAAGAAUCAAAUAAUAUUAAAGAAAUUGCUGGAUUAAUCAAUGAAAAUUCAAACUAUUUAACUGAAAUUACUUAUAAAGGAAGUUGUAUCAAAUGUCCUGUUAUCAAUUGGAAUUUAAAUUAUGGAUUGAAAUUGGAAAAAUUAAAUGAUGAUGAUGAAUGUUAUGAAAAAAUUAAUGAAGGGUAUGAAAUUUUAAAAAGAGAUAAACUAUUUAACUGUUGA